AUGUCUUCAACUGUCCAACUGUCCGAUUACAGCGAGAACCACUUUGAGAGCAUGGAAACUUACAGCAAUAUGCUGCUGACCGAGGGUGUUUCACCGCUUUCGAACUCAACCGAAUCUCCGCCACCGUAUAGUGCUGCUGAGUGCGGGGGUGAAAAUUACGGUUUUCAAGCUGGAAGAAACGCUUGUACAAGCAACUACCAGGUGCAAAACAACUUUGUGUAUCAGGAUCUACAAAUCAACCAACACCUAUCUAAAUGUACAAACGACCAACAGUCCAAUUUUUCAUUUCCGACCCAGAAUGUUCAAGUUGCCAUCCAGGGAAAACCGCUCUAUAGCAUCCAAAUUCCCUACGAAUACGCUGACAGCCAAGAUAAAAGAUCGACAGAUACAGAAAAAAGUCCUCCACCAGGUCCAAUCAGUCCAAAGCCGAACUCAAGCGGUGCUCCAAAUACCAAACGAGCCAGAACAGCUUAUACUUCAUCCCAACUUGUUCAACUGGAGAAAGAGUUCUACACUAACAAGUACCUGUGCCGAUCAAGACGUAUCCGAAUUGCUGAAGACUUGAACCUGACGGAACGUCAGAUCAAAAUCUGGUUCCAAAACAGAAGGAUGAAAUGUAAAAAGGAACAAAAACAAAGAAGGCCCUCUCCUGGAUUAGACAACGGGACCUCUCCUACUCUGUCAGUUGCUGCAUCAACUCCUACUUCAAAUAGCAAGCCAACGGUCCAAACGCUGAGGCCUGAGCAACGUUUGGUGACUGAGGGGCAGGCAGGUCAUAGUCAAUGCUUACCACAAACUAUACAGAGAAACCAGUGGGAAGGUAACGUCUUCUCCAGCAGCCAAUGUCAAAGUCCAUGCCAAAACGUCCAACUAGAUCCGAGUUAUCAAUACCAACAUCAUCCAGUCAACUGCUAUCCUGUGAAAUAUAUGCAACUUGUGGAGGAUAAGCCAUUAAAUCAGCCCUUCCUCAACAUCCAAACAAAUGAAGGCGGUGAGAGUGAGUAUCCUAUUGGUUGGGACAACCUAUAUUCAUGCAUUAUAGGUGCCAUUGAUUGUCUCACGAGUUUGUAA